GAACAUAUAUAAAGUGCAUUGUCAUGAUGCCUCAACGAGCUGACUAAGCCGCUGAGCUGCAAGAUUCCAGCAUUGGCCGAGACUGUUGCAGUGUUGGAUACAGCUUCACGAUUCAUUGCGGCAGACCGGGGGCAGGACGAUCAAAUGCGAGAAAGAAAGUGUACAAAGAGGUGGCGCUUCUCAACGAAGGCGCGUGCGCUCAGGCCCAGAGGGACGAGUAUUACAACCAGACGCUAUUAUUUCAAUGCAUUGUGCAUUGAUCCUAAGAGACGCUUGAGCUGUAUUCCCUGAUUUCCUUUGAGCUUGGGCCGCCUUUGUUUUGGAUCAGACGCUCAAUGGCGACCUCUUCUCUCUGUCAUUUGAAGUCCCGUUUCUGCGGAGUCCUUUUCCGCCCACCGCCUCAAUCUUCUGCAGAAACAGUACGGUUUCCAACCGCAGCCCCACGCAUUAGUCGAACUCCAACCCUCCAGCAAAGGCCAUCCCACAGGGCUUGCAGUCCUCUAGGGAAACCACUCUAUAAAACCAAGAAGAAGGCAGCAUCAUCGAGGCAGGCCGCAUUGCAAGGCAGCAUCGUUACUGACGUCAGCCUUCCAGCCGUUCUGGCCCCUCCCCAAGACUUUUCCACCAACCCGCCGCAAGACCCUGCAGCAUCAAAGCGGAACGACAUUCAGCGUCCGGAAGACGACAGGGUUCUUUCCUGGAAGAAGAUCUGGUUUCCUGUCGCUAUCCUGGCAGACCUGGACGUGCAGAAACCAACGUCGGUUACGCUGCUCAACAUCGAAAUGGUGAUCUGGCGAGAGCAGGGGGGGGCUUGGGCUGCUUUCAUGGACAGGUGUCCUCAUAGGCUCGCACCACUUUCCGAGGGUCGGGUGGAGAAGGGCGUCCUACAGUGUGCCUAUCACGGCUGGGCGUUCGAUAAAAAGGGAACAUGCGUCCGCAACCCGCAUGCGGACAGUCCGCAGGCCGAGGCAAAGGUGUGCUCGGAUCGAAGGUCGCGGUGUCAGAGCUUUCCCACUCGGGAGGCCCACGGUCUCCUGUGGGUCUGGCCGGAAUCCGGCACCGAUGCCUGGCUGGAGGCGUCCAUGCACGCUCUCCCGGAACAUCCGGAGUUGCUCGACCCGGGGUGGGUCGGUUCUGAGGGGCCGUUCAACCGGCUUGACGAGCCCAUCAAUUGGGACAUCAUGGUCGAGAACGCAAUGGACCUGGCUCACGCGCCGUUUGUGCACCACGGGGUAGUUGCAAAGAUGGAGGAUUACAGACCGAUGCACGCGGAGCUGACAGAAGCCUCCGACGACCCAUCUAGAGGCUUUGAGAUUCAGCAUGACGGGUACACCCAGCACCAGAAAGAGGAAGACUUCAAGGGAACGCGACGAUUCACGCCAAAUAGCAUAAGGGUUGAGUACAAGUACAAAUCCGGACGCGUCGACUUCUUCGUUCUUCACUUUGUCCCCAUGAAACCCGGCUGGACUCGGGGCUUCCUCAAGGUCGUCCACAAGAAUCCCCCGGCUAUCAUCAAGCUGGUGAACCGCCUCCCGGACUGGCUGCUGCACAGCAACGCGCUUGGGAUUCCCGACCAGGACGUCCUCAUUUUGCACAAACAGGAGCGAAACUUGCGUACGUCUUACCGUAAAGGAACAAAGGCAUACUUCUUACCGAACGAGUCCGACGGGGGCGUGAUUGCUUUUAGAACGUGGCUAAGUGAGAAGGCCGGAGGUGAUGUGGGCUGGGGGAAUGGGGCCACGUCGGCAGAUGCUGGGCCUCAAUUACCGAGAAGCCAGCUUCUCAAUCGUUUCAACAGGCACGCCAAGGGAUGCCACGUGUGCUUGCGAGCGAUGGCGACCAUAGACCGCAUCCGUUCCGCGCUUACAUUUGGAGCCGGUGUCCUUUUCUUGUUGGGCAUUUAUGUAGCCAGUCGCCGGGGAGCGUUGGCCAACUGGGUGCCUGCUUUCAUUGGAGCCGCAGUCAUGCUGGGCUUGAAAGAGCAGUUGCGCAGAUUCAGGAGGACUUAUGUGACGGGCUGCAACUCAGCAGAGGUCGACUACACGUAGAGACUCUGUGUUUGGAGAGGAUGACCAUCGUUCCUUAGGUUCCGCGUCGACCGAAAACUGCUGGGCUCACAAGCUUUGCAUCUCCGAUCCGCGUACAGCUUUGUACACUGCCUCUCUAGCAAAAUUUUGUACCAGGUCUGUAUUUCUCAUGCCACGUGAUCGAUCGAAGGGUUCUCAUUUGUCCGAAGGACCGGAGAUGAGCGCUCAGACAUUUCGGUCGACGCGAAACCUUAUUAAAUAUGUCAAAGGGGA